AUGGAGGUUGCAUAUCGUAUUCAUUUGACGGCAAUUUUAGAUGUGAAUCGUUUUCUCUUGAAGCAAGGUUUACCUUUCCGUGGAAAUGAUGAGUCUUCAAAUUCACUAAACAAAGGCAAUUUUCUUGAGUUGCUUGAUUGGUAUAGCCUACGAAAUGAAGAAGUUUGGAAGAAAGUCAAUCAAAAUGCCCCUGGAAACAAUCAAUUGACUUCCCCAAAAAUUCAAAAGGAGUUGGCAAAUGCUUGUGCAACGGAGAUUACACGUGUUAUUGUUGAUGAUAUUGGGGAUAAUUAUUUUUCUCUUAUGGUUGAUGAAGCCCGAGAUGCUUCAAUAAAGCAACAAAUGGGAGUUGUUUUACGAUAUGUGAAUAAGAAUGGACAUGUGAUAGAGCGAUUCCUUGCAUUGGUUCAUGUGCCUGAUACCUCUGCAAUUUCUUUAAAGAAUGCCAUUGAUUGUUUAUUUACAAAACACAAGUUGUCUCUUUCGAGGUUAAGAGGGCAAGGAUAUGAUGGGGCUUCAAAUAUACGAGGUGAAUUCAAUGGUUUGAAAGCACUUAUUUUAAAAGAAAAUCCAUAUGCAAGAUAUGUACAUUGUUUUGCUCACCAACUAUAA